AUACACGUCAGUUAGAUAUUUCUAAUUGUGUCCCAGAUCUAACUGAAGAAGAAAGAAAGCAUUUAAUAACAGUAAUGGCUAAAGCAAAGAUGUAGUGGACACUGCAGGAUUGGGAGAGUUCAAGAGAGGACUAGUACUUGGAGAGUCGGGGCUGGACAUAGGAAGAUGGAACAUGAAAUGAAUGGAAUUUGAAGCUCAAGAAGAAAAUAAAACAAAGAAGCCGGUAGAAGGCCUGCUUAGUAAGUACACCAACAUGGUGAAGGGUUGGCAGAAUCGCUGGUUUGUCCUUAAUCCAGUAGCUGGUUUCCUGGAAUAUUACAUGGUGGAUGAAAUAAAAAAAAGACCAAGAGGAGUUGUCCGUUUAGCUGGGGCAGUUAUUUCUCCUAGUGAUGAGGACAGUCAAACUUUUACAGUCAGUGCCGUCUGUGGUGAGGUUUACAGGUUGCGAGCUGGUGAUGCCAAGCAGAGACAAUUUUGGGUGAAUCGACUUCGAGCCGCUGUUGAAAACCAAAAUCAACAUGUAGCUGAAAAAAAUCCUCCUCUCUCAACACGAGAACAAAGAAGUAGUUCACACCCACCCCCUGCCAAAUCCCAAACAGUUUGGCACACCUCUUCGUCUGGUCCAUCUCAUUCCACCUCCGUAUCUACUGUAAUCUCACCAGUAUUUAGAGUCUCUGAUGCUUUUAACUCUGUCAGAGAAUUGCUUCUCCAGACAGAACAUAAUCAUCAAGAUCUUGUCAAAACUAUUGAGGAAGUACCAAUAAAAGGCACUUGUGUAAAGUCAUAUAACCGAGAUCUUCUUCUACUGAAAGCUACAUCUCAAGCAACUCUCUUGUGUCUAGAACAGUGUUUUGCCAUUCUACAGCAACAACAGAUCAGUACUAAUUCUCAGAGUGGACUUCCAGCAGAGGUGUCAGUCCAUUGGUUGGAUCCUCCUUGUUCUCCUGGUUCAUCUGUGAGCCAGUCACCUAUACUCCCUUCUCGAUCUUUCCAAGGAGACAGAACACUUUCCUCUGUUGAAACACUUCCUGUUUCAGCUACUUCGAGAAGCCUUCAGAAUGCAUCAGUUGUCACCUGAUAGUACAAUUUUAUUAUGAUUUUGUACAUUUAAGUACAGCAAAGUAUAAAGUACGUGUUUUGGCCAUAUUCCAUCAUGGCUAGAACUACUGUAAAAUUAUAAACAUUCAAGAUUUACCACACUGUAUUCUAGAUAAAUAUCAAACACCAUUGCUUGAACAAGUUUUACAAUAAUAUUAAAUACCUUUUAUUUAAAAAAUAUUUGUUGUGUUAUGUAUGAUCCUUUUGUAGCAUUUUUUUCCAAAAUUUGCUUGAGGGUAAAUAAGAAUAGUAUCUUGUAACCAACAAUUGGCUGUCAUUUCAUAAUUAUAUGAACUGAAAUAGAGUUAUCAUUUCAUUACCAAAUUACAUGUUAAAUUCAUGUAAGAAUAUGAUUUUUUUUUUUUUUCAGAAAUGUAUAAAUCUAUAUCAUAUACUUACAUCUUUCCAAGCUUAUCAUAUCCAAGAUUUAUUUUUUGAUUCUUCCAUAGUAAAGUAGCCACAGCUCUUCACUUGUUGUUAGUUUAUAACUUUUGGAAAUCACUAAACUAGAUGUUUUAUGGACUUAUUGGAAGAAAGUAGUUUGAAACUACAAAGCUGUUGUGAAAUCUAUUGGAAAACUUCUUGAUCAUGUUUAUUUAAAAUGUUAGGUGUGUGGAAUAUUUAUGUAUUAAUUUUUUCAACCUGUCUUGCUUUCCUGGCAUUUUUGUAUAGCUGAAUAUAAUUGAUGAAUUAGUAAACAUUCCAAUACUUGGUGAACAUACUUUUAUGCCUCUAUUAUUUUUACAUUUUGAUUAAAACAAAAAAUGGUGACAUGUCGGAAUGCCCACUUAUAAUUCCUAGAUGUUUCGGAUUUGUCAUAAUUCCAUCAUCGCUAAUUUAGAGGUACAAAACAAACAAACAGUAUUUGUAAUUAUAAAUAUUGUUUGUUUGAUUUGUACCUCUAGAUUAGUGAUGAUGGAAUUAUGACGAACCCGAAACAUCUAAUAAAUGCUUCCUGUUAUUAUGUUCUCAAAAAUGAGUGUAUUAAAAUUUCUAUUGUUACUCCAGUGGCAAACACUCCAGUUUUUGGUUGAUUUGUCAUAGGAUAGUUUUGUGGAGCGUAUAAAUUGGAAGGUGU